CCACCUAGUGGCACAACAUGGUAUCCAUUGACAUGAUACAUGCUCUCUGUCUCUUUCUUUCUCACAGGACGGGAGUCUGUGGUCCUCAGAUGGCCCAGGGCACGCCAGUGGAAUGAGCGAGCAGCAGGUGUACACCACGCGUCCCCCGGACCGCGUCCCCUCCUAUCUGCAGAGGGAGCGUCUGGCCCGCUUCCAGCCCACCUACCCCUACCUGCCCCACCCCAUCAUUGACCUGCCGCCCACCAUCUCGCUGUCGGACGGCGAAGAGCCUCCGCCCUACCAGGGCCCCUGCACUCUGCAGCUCCGCGACCCCGAGCAGCAGAUGGAGCUUAACAGGGAGUCGGUGCGCGCGCCCCCCAACCGCACAGUCUACGACAGCCACCUCCUCGACACCUCCCUGUGCCCACCGCCCAGCCUCAACCCCGGGGUCAGCACUACCACGGUAGCCACGGCUGCCCAGGCCUACUCCAGCCGAGUGGAAGGGGCACCACCAACUUAUAGCGAGGUGAUAGGGCACUACUACCACCCCUCUUCACUACCCAGGCACCACCACCAGACUUCCAGUGGCAGCAGGGGCACGGGGCGUGGAGUCGGGUUAAGAGGCCCGGGUCCCUCGUCGCCGUCCUUGCUACUCCACGGGAUUCUCAAGCAGGCCCACCUGGGCAGCCUGGAGAGCAGGAAUGUGCGCAACAAAAAGGAGAAGCAGACGCCUGAACAGGUGUGACGACAGUGUUGGUCUCGGGCGUUGUUUCCGAGGCUGCUUUCUCCUUCUCGGCGCACUUUAGCUGAACUGUUGGUGGCAAGCAGGGUUGGAGAGGGCGACAUGCAGUGGCAGGGGGGGCAGGCGCACAAAGACAAAGGACUGCACUCCCCUCUUAACUUUACCCACGGUCACCGUCUUACUGAAACCCGUCACCCCUAAACUUACGUUGUAUAAAUAUUUACUUGUUUUUCUUCCUUGCUUUCAGCUUUUUUUCUGUACUGGCAAAUGCAAAAACAACAAAACAAAACAAUAUUCUCUCCAAGUAUUUAGGUUUAUUUUGUUUUUGUGUCCCUUUGCAUUGGGCUUCACAACAAACUGCAUCAUUUUCUAGUUACUUAUCUCCUCGUAGUUUAUCCUUAGUUCCUCCGGGAGUCUUUCAGAAUGACCAGGUCUUCCUUUUUUUGAGAUGCAGAUGGUUAUUUUAUUGAGCCUCCCCCUAACCCCUUUCUGGCUUUGAAUACUGUCUGUGUACCUGGCUUGUACAGGGAGGGCCUUGAUAGCACUCUUGUAACAGGUUGACAGGUUCAGGCUCUCACGGGUUCCAAGAUUUAGAUUCAUACGUUAGCCCGAGUUAGCCUCUCAGCUCAUGACCCAGUUAGCCUCACUGCCAGACAGAUCCCCGUCGCUCCUCAUCAAUCCGCAUCAGAGGGUGCGGUGGUCAACGUUGGCAUCUAUGGAAACACAUGAUUGACAGCUGACUGGGUUUGUGAUGUCAGGCCAUGUGUGUCAACAUGAGUACUGGAGUAGAGUCCUGAGUCUGGGUCAAUUGAGUUCAGCACUGUGCCCACUGAAGUGAUAUAUAUCCAUCGUACUAUCUGGACCCAUCUGAGGUUAGUACUGUACUUUAGUUCUUUGUCUAUUUGAGUUUAGUACUGUCUGUGUGUCUUUGGCCAGAGAAGUUCAGGAGUUCCUGUGUGCGAAUACUCUUCUUGUUUUUUUAUUAUGAUCUUUUUUAAAGAGAUGUUUGCACAAGAUUCAAGACUGUUUAUCUGGAGAAAAAGAAAAUCAAUCUGCAAUAUGUAUCAUAAGAGAGGAGAGCGGCGYUAUUUUUGUAAACAAAUGGAUUCUAAAGAUAAAAAUACGUUUU